UUUCCCGUCCCUGCGACCGUCUCCACGAUCUGUUUGGCUCCCUCCCCUACUGCCUCCGCGGAGGUCUUGGCCCUUUCUCUUUUCCCUCCGGGUGGGUUGACACAAAUAUGUCGCCCAUCUCAUUUGACGUCUUUCGUCGAUGAGAUUUUUGUGUUCGUGCGUGUGGGUGGAUUCCAAUGGUUGACACGGUUGACACGAAUGUGUCGCUGUGUCCGUUUGACGUCCUUCGUCGGCGGAUUGGUGAGAGUUCGUGACUGUGGCGUGAUGUCUUUUGUCGGGGAGCGCUGCUUUUGUUCGCUCGCUCGAUGCUCGCUCGAUUUUUGCUCGCUUGCUCGUUUUUGGGUUUGGGUUUGGAGACAUUGUACUCCUCCCAUUUUCCCUUUCUCUCUCCAGAUCGUGUCUCUCUCUACACCCCUGACUAAACCCAGACAUUUUGCUGCCAGGGUUAACGACGACGCCACCGAUCAUGGCCUUCGUCUCGCUGCUUGUCUCGCAGGGUCCUUUGUCGGCAUCCUCGUCCUUGCUUUCUUCUUCAUUAGGAGGAGGCGACUUGUUCAACGGCAGCGACGCGCAUCCACCAACACACUCAGACUCAUCAUGGAUUCUUUUCCACUGCCUCCAAACAUGCUGCCGCCAGAGCAGCAGCAGCGAUAUGUCUUCCCUUGCCCUCGUCAAGAUGGCCCUAAUAAAAAUUGGCUUGAUGAGAACAGCAAUUUUCAAAUGGAGGAAAUUGACCUGUCUCUUACACACAAGGUCCCCUGGUUUGCAGAACUUUGCCAGCAUUUCGGACUCGCACAUACGGGCAACAAAACGACGCUUCGUGAGCAGCUUGUGAAGUUCAGCCAAGCCGGGAUGGAAAAGUGGAAGGCAAAUAUUCUCACUCCGACGCGUAUUCCUCACAAGGGAGUGAGGGUGGUGAGGGAUGGUGCUAUUACGAAGAGGAAGCUGACACGUCGAGCAACCCGCAUUCAUGAGGUGAGCAUACCGGUGAGCAACCCUCAAAGAGUACUCCUCCCUACGUCAAGAUUCGAGGAUACUCGUAGCCAGGCCAAGAUAGAUGGCUUCAUACCUUGGGCUGAAGUUCUUAUGGUCAAGAUAGCGAAAGAAGAAGAACGUGCACAGAAUCUCCGCAAUACCCAUCUCCCAGAACCUGGGGUCAACAGUGUCCACAAUCACAGCACGCAAAAGCCUGGUAUGAAUCCUUUUGCGAGCCCUGACUUUGUCCAGUGUGUUGCCUCUAUCGUCGAGGAGCGGUUGGCUGCUCAUCAAAACUCCUCCCCCUCAUCCUUGUCUUCGACUGUAUCACCUGAAACCCCCUGUCCCUCCAUAGAUUUCGACUCAACCAUUAUGGGGCUCACUGCAAGUUCGACUGAAGUCUUCUCUGGUAUUGUGGACCGACCAGACUCACCGAUCCUACCACCCUUUGAGCCCAUGCAGAUGACUUCACCAUCCAUGCUGCUCUCUCCACCUGCUCUGCCGAUGUCUGAACUCGACAGGAAUGCUCCAGUAUUAUCUGAUGAUACUGCCAUCAACCCAAUUCAGUGCUUGGUGACGUUCCGACUGACUAAACCAUUCUGCUAUGCAUCAAAUCUCGAAAGUCUCAUUCGGUGCUGGGAUGAUCGUAAUCCAGACUGGGCCCCAUCCGUUGAUUAUCCAAUCGUCAUCCAUGGUCGCCCUGACAUCUACAAACUCAAUAAAAAAACAGGGAACGAAUGGGAAAAACUCAAGAGCAAUUGGCUAGAUUGGAAAGUAUGUUUGCUUUUCUUUCUGUUGUUCAUAUUCUCACCUCUUGCCUUCAGCAUUUUAUUGAAGCAUAUCAGGCAUUCGAGACACCUGAAGCCUUCUGAGCCGAGUUUUCCGACUCUCAAGGACAGAGGCUGAAAUUCUCUCGAAUCAAAAAAAUUCUUUUAGAGCGACGAACAGCCGCAAAUCUCGAAUUAGCAAAACAAGUGACAGCUGAGUAUGGUGAUGAUUUUAUCAAUCACUUUGGUUAUAAAAGGGGUAGGAAAUUGGUUGCCAUGAAGGAUGGUCCAACAAUUGCCCGACACUAUAGGAAGAAGAUGGGAAUUAGUUGCAAUGAGGAUGUUUAGUUCACAGUUCAUGUCAGUAGUUUUGGAAUGCUACAAUGUUUUUCUUAUUUACUUUGUG